AUGGGCGUGGGUGCACCGGGGGUGCCGAUGUGCGGGUGCCAUGGGCGUGGGUGCACCGGGGGUGCCGAUGUGCGGGUGCCAUGGGCGUGGGUGCCUGCAGACCCCUGGGAGGUGCCGUUCGAGGAGAUCCUGGACCUGCAGUGGGUGGGCAGCGGGGCGCAGGGCGCCGUCUUCCUGGGCCGCUUCCACGGCGAGGAGGUGGCCGUGAAGAAGGUGCGGGACCUCAAGGAGACCGACAUCAAGCACCUGCGCAAGCUCAAGCACCCCAACAUCAUCACCUUCAAGGGUGUGUGCACCCAGGCACCCUGCUACUGCAUCAUCAUGGAGUUCUGCGCCCAGGGCCAGCUGUACGAGGUGCUGCGCGCCGGGCGCAAGGUCACCCCUUCCCUCCUCGUCGACUGGUCCAUGGGCAUCGCCGGCGGCAUGAACUACCUGCACCUCCACAAGAUCAUCCACCGCGACCUCAAGUCGCCCAACAUGCUCAUCACCUAUGACGACGUGGUGAAGAUCUCGGACUUUGGCACCUCCAAGGAGCUCAUUGACAAGAGCACCAAGAUGUCCUUCGCCGGCACCGUGGCCUGGAUGGCACCCGAGGUCAUCCGCAACGAGCCUGUCUCCGAGAAGGUCGAUAUCUGGUCCUUCGGGGUGGUGCUGUGGGAGCUGCUGACGGGCGAGAUCCCCUACAAGGACGUGGACUCCUCGGCCAUCAUCUGGGGGGUGGGCAGCAACAGCCUCCACCUGCCCGUCCCCUCCGGCUGCCCCGACGGCUUCAAGGUGCUGCUGCGCCAGUGCUGGGACACCACGCCCCGGACCCGGCCGUCCUUCCGCCAGAUCCUGCUGCACCUCGACAUCGCCUCCGCCGACGUCCUCUCCACCCCCCAGCAGACCUACUUCAAAUCCCAGGCGGAGUGGCGGGAGGAGGUGAAGCUGCACUUCGAGAAGAUCAAGUCGGAGGGGACGUGUCUGCACCGGCUGGAGGAGGAGCUCAUCAACCGCCGGCGCGAGGAGCUCCGGCACGCGCUGGACAUCCGGGAGCACUAUGAGCGCAAGCUGGAGCGCGCCAACAACCUCUACAUGGAGCUCAGCGCCCUCAUGCUGCAGCUGGAGCUCAAGGAGAAGGAGCUGCUCAGGCGGGAGCAGGCGCUGGAGAAGCGCUACCCUGGGCUCUUCAAGCCGCGGGCGCCGCGGGGACUCCUGCACGGCAACGCCGUUGAGACCCUCAUCAAGAAACGCAAUGUCCCCCAGAAGCUCUCGCCCCACGGCAAGCGGUGGGACCCAGGCAUGAGCAAGCGCCAGUCGCUGUCGACCUUCAGCUCGGAGAACUUCUCGGACGGGGACGGGGAUGGGGACGGGGACGAGGGGCACACGAGCGAGCCCUCGCACAGUGCCACCCCCGACGUGGGCAGCACCAACACGGAUGAGCGUCCCGACGACCGCUCCGAGGACCUGCUCUCCCAGGGCUCCGAGAUCCCCCUGGAUGCCGCCCCCCCCGAGGGCUGGGGUUAG